AUGGAGCCCGUCAGCUUUGCUGUCGGAAUUAUAGGGCUUGCAGGUCUCUUUAGUACUUGUUUGGAGGCCGUUGAAAGAUUCGAUUCGUGGAAAGACUACGAUUCCGAGUUUCGUUCUCUUGUCGCCCAAUUUAAAGUCCAAAAGCUUCGACUCGCGAAAUGGGGCGUGGCUGUGGGCCUGGAAGAUGACGAACUCUCAUAUGUACACAACCCCCUUCUUGAUGACCCUAAGAUUGAGUCGACAGUUAAAGAGCUCCUCUUGGCAAUCAACACUACUUGUCGUGAUGAGGAUAAAGCUUUUUUGACACCGAUGCUGGGGAAAGACGAAAACCCCACCAAAGACCAACCAUUCCAUCGCCAUGCUCCUCGCGAAUCCAAACGUCAGAAACUUGGAUGGGUUUUCAGAACCAAAGCUAAGCGAGUCGCCCAAGUUGAUCGUUUCUCCAAAUUGGUGGAAAGUCUUCAUAUCUUGGUACCAAUCGAGGAUCCAAAGGAACACAUGGGAAGAAGGCCCACCGGUGAUGAACAUAGACGAGAUUUACACGCAUGGCUUCUCGGUUCUACCCCUUCAAACGAGCUGUACGAGAUAUUUUCCGAGAGAAAGAUCAAAGGGACUUGCGAGUGGGUUUUGGGCCAGCCAUGGUUCCUCGACUGGAUCUCGCCAGACUUCCCAACUGAAUGUGCUAAGAUCCUCUGGAUCAAUGGUCAUGCGGGAUUUGGGAAGUCAGUCAUAUGUGCGAGAGUUAUUGACCACGUUUCUUCCAAUUCGAAGGACCCCGUUGCUCAUUUCUUCUUUUCAUCUGACUUUGAAAGCAGAAGGGACCCAUUUAUCGCAAUUAGGUCAUGGCUAUCCCAAUUAUUGCGUCACCCUGUCGUCUUUUCUUUAGCCCGCGAGAGAUUGACAACGCAACAAGGACAGAGAGCAACGCGUGGCGAUACACUAAAGCUCCUACGUGAGCUUGUCAUCAAGAUACCCCGGUGCACAUUUGUCCUAGACGGCCUCGAUGAAUGCAGAUGGGUUGAACAGGACUAUAACUCCAACCACGGGGCUUCGAUCGUUGACUUUCUGGAGGCAUUGAGACAUGCAAUCGCUGGCACAUCUACUCGACUUUUGGUUGUUAGUCGUGAUGAGCCAGAAAUCAGGGCUUGUCUUGUGAACGAGUCCAAUCCCAAUGAUGUUAUUGUCAUUCAGCACAGCAUCACACCCGAGGACGUCCGACCCGAUCUUGAUAUGUUCGCUCGGUCCAUAGUGAAUAAAAGGUUAUCAACAAUGACAGAAGGGACAAAGGAAGACAUUUCUCAGAAACUGGCUGAAUGUUGUAACGGACAGUUUCUCUGGGUCCAGAUGCAAGAAAGUCAACUACACGACUGGAAAAGUCCAAAACAACUCGAAAAGACGAUCAAUUCCACCCCUCCUGGUCUUCAAAAGACCUACGACCGAGAAUGGACGGGAAUCUCGCAUCUCUCGGAGGACAAACGAGAACGAACUAUCGCUUUACUACGAUGGGCCGCAUUUGCCCUUCGGCCGCUUUCGGUGUGUGAGAUGGCUGGAGCCUUAUUGAUCAACGCAGACUGUGACGAGGUCAGGUUUGAAGGGGUCCCCGGCAGAAUUAAUGAGAACUAUAUCAAAUCAGAAAUGAUGGAACUGUGUGGAUCAUUGAUUGAUGUUCGAAGUCCAGAGGCAGAAUGCGAUCCCGGGUCGAGAACGGUACAUUUGGCGCAUUUCACUGUCAAGGAAUACUUACUAUGCAAUCUUCCAGUGCAAGGGAGACUCCUACAACUCAACUCGAGCUUGAAGUUUUUGACAGAAGGAAUGGAGAACACUUUGACUGCCAAGAUGUGUCUUUGCUACGUGGAUUGCGAAGAAGUUUGGCAAGAGACCCCCGAGGAGGGAAGAGCUCAGGUCCUCGGCUCUUUCCGGGAUUAUGCUGCCAGAUCAUGGUAUCAGCACGCCUCUUUCGGAAAUAUACGUGACUCGGAGCUGGUGAAAUCUGUGAAUCACCUUUUUGAUAUCGAAAAUCCAAACUGGGCCUCGUGGAAAGAUUGGUUCGACUUAAAUGAUGUGUCACAAAAGAUAGGGUGUUUUGACAGCGCGGAAGACCCAAACCCAUCAGCCCCCGACGACAAACAAGAGAUAGGGUCUUCAAAGAGCGGAGACGAGCCUGAAUUAUCUACGUCUAAAGACGGACCAACCACCCAAACCACCUCCAUGAGCCCUUUGUACUACGCAACAUGGCUUGGUCUGACUGAUACCAUGGACCUCCUCCUACAAAGCGGAAAAUGCUCAAUCGACGAGCAAGGAAACUUUGGACGGACCCCGUUAUCAGCAGCUUGCGAAAGAGGACACCUAGAUGCGGUCAAGAAACUCUUAGACAAUGACGCGGACCUUGAAAUAGCCGGCGACAAUGAUCACACUCCUCUUCACACUGCCGCGUGCAGUGGGCAUGCAGAAGUACUAAAGCUACUCCUUGAGAAGGGCGCCAAAAUCCACAAUGGAUCUGAUGGAACGAAAACGCCACUUUAUUGUGCCUGUUUAAACGGUCAUCAUCAGGUAGUCCAAAUGCUCCUUGAAUGGGAACCUGAACUGAUGGCCACACAUGAGGAAUGGAUACCUCUGUUUGCUGCGUCCAAAGGUGGGUUUCUAGAUAUUGUCCAGCUCCUUAUUCAGAAAGGAGCAGAUAUUGGCGCCUCUAAUAGCUUUAGAGAGACAUCUCUCUAUAUUGCUUGCGAAAAUGGCCAUAUCGAGGUUGUGCGCCUAUUGCUUGACAAAGGUGCAGAUGUUCACCAUCCCAACCAAUUUGGCUGGACGCCAGUAAAUACCGCCUCUGAUGAAGGAUUCUCAGACAUUGUUCUCCUUCUUGCUGAGAGAGGGGCAGAUAUUAAUGUCCCGAAUCAGUGUGGUGAGACACCUCUCAGUAAUGCUUGCUACAAAGGUCAUAUUGAGGUUGUACGCCUAUUGCUUGAGGGACGGGCAGAUAUCGAAGUCGAGAACGAGCCUGGUGAGACGGCUCUCUUUAGCGCUUGCUACAAAGGUCAUAUUGAGGUUGUGCGCCUAUUGCUUGACAAAGGUGCGGAUCUUCACCAUCGCAACCGAUCUGGCUGGAGUCCAGUAAAUACCGCCUCUGAUGAAGGAUUCUCAGACAUUGUUCCCCUCCUUGCUGAGAGAGGGGCAGAUAUUAGUGUCCCGAAUGAGUAUGGUGAGACACCUCUCUAUAUUGCUUGCGAGAAUGGUCAUAUUGAGGUUGUGCGCCUAUUACUUGACAAAGGUGCAGAUGUUCACCAUCCCAACCAAUUUGGCUGGACGCCAGUAAAUACCGCCUCUGAUGAAGGAUUCUCAGACAUUGUUCUCCUCCUUGCCGAGAGAGGGGCAGAUAUCGAAGUCCAGAACCAGUCUGGUGAGACGCCUCUCUCUAGCGCUUGCCGCAAAGGCCAUAUUGAGGUUGUGCGCCUAUUGCUUAGCAAGGGUGCAGAUAUCCACCAUCAAAGCCAAUCCGGACGGACGCCAGUAAAUUACGCCUCUGGGGCAGGGCUUUUGGACAUUGUUCACCUCCUUAUUCAGGAAGGAGCAGACAUUGAUUCCCCUGAUCAGUUCGGAGAAACACCUCUCUCCAAUGCUUCCUGGGAAGGUCAUAUUGAGACUGUGCGCCUAUUGCUUGACAAAGGUGCAGAUGUUCACCAUUCGAACGAUAAACAAUGGACGGCGGUACAUGUGGCCUCAAAUAGAGGGUUUUUAGAUAUUGUUCUGCUUCUUCUUGAUAGAGCGGCGGAUAUUAACGCCCAGUCUGAGUCUGGGGAUACGGCUCUCCUUUGCGCUUCCGCCAAUGGUCACAUUGAAGUUGUCAAAAGUCUAGUUGCAAAAGGAGCAGAUCUUGAAAUUGCCAAUCAAUAUGGCGUACACCCGCUGGACGUCGCUUCUAUGGAAGGCUUUUUGGAUGUCAUCACUAUGCUACUCGAGGAGGGAGCAACAGUUGAAGGUGCGGACAAGAAUGGCAGGAGGCCCCUACAUGUGGCUGCAUCGGAAGGCUCUCUAGACAUUACCAGCGUGACCAAAUAUAGUCGCACGCCUUUACAUUAUGCUUGCGCUGGUGGUUCUAUAGAAGCUGUCAAACUUUUGUUCGAGAAGGGCGCGGAUAUCAACAGCGUCACCGAAGAUGGUCGCACGCCUUUACAUUAUGCUUCCUCUGGUGGUUCUAUGGAAGUUGUCAAACUUUUGCUCGAGAAGGGCGCGGAUAUUAACAGCGUGACUAAAGGCGAUAUUACGCCUUUGCAUUCUGCUUCAUUCGCUAGUUCUAUGGAAGUUAUCAAACUUUUGCUCGAGAAUAGUGCGGAUAUCAACAGCGUGACCAAAGACGGUUGCACGCCUUUAUAUUGUGCUUGCACUGGUGGUUCUAUGGAAGUUGUCCAACUUUUGCUCGAGAAGGGCGCGGAUAUCAAUAGCGUGGCCGAAGAUGGUCGCACGCCUUUACAUGCUGCUUCAUUCGGUAGUUAUAUAGGGGUUGUCAAACUUUUGCUUGACAAAGGAGCGGGUAUUGAAAGCGUGGAUGUGCGUAUGGGGACUCCGCUACAUACCGCUUCAGUUUCUGGGAAUCUGGACGUUGUUAAUCUGCUGCUAGAGAGGGGCGCAGCGAUCGAGAACGGGAAUUUUGAUGAUAGAACGCUGUUGCGCUAUGUGUCACCACAUGACAAACUGGAAGUCAUCAACAAUUUCCUUCAUUCUGAAAAGCUCAGGAUUGACAUUCAGGUUGGAAAAGGCUGCACGCCAACCUUCUAUGUUGUCGCACGAGGCCCCAGCAAAAUGGCGAAACUUCUUCUUCUGCGUCUUCAUGCAAAUGCGAAGGAUCGAUAUAGCAUGAUGCGACUAUUAGCCGCUGCAAGAAACGGUUAUGAAGGGGCCAUCGAACAGUUGAACACGCUAAGAGGGGGACAGUCAAACAUGGAUGGACUUGGUCGAGACUUGAUCUGGUGGGCGAUAGGGAUUGGGCGCAGUCAGAUCCUUGCUCUGAUACACCAGUGGUGCUACACACAAAGCUUCGGUGCUCGAAUCCUCCAACCUAGCGAUGACAAGAUAUGGUCUUUGGUGAAUUUGGAUAUGGGGCGUAUUUGCGAUGUGUGCACUCGGCCGAUGCUGAUUAAUACUUCCUAUCGCCGAUGUGAAGAUUGCAACAAUUUCAACAUUUGCUUGGAGUGCGUGGGUGUCAAAGUUACAUGCUUGGAUACUGUUCAUGAAUGGUCCUCUUUGUGA